GUGGAAGCCGAGACAGAGGCAUCCCGAGUCUCCUCCCCUCUCCGGCCUAAGCCUGUUCCCUAAAGGCAGUCGGUGGCCUCUGGGGAUAUUUGGCUUUCAACAAAGAGGAACAGGAACUUGGGAGAACAGUUUGCAGAGCCUUCCCUGAAAGACCGCGAGAAACUGACUGCUGUUAUGUAUGCUGAACCAUCCACCAUGAAUUUCCGGAACCACGGCUUUUUCCGCCGCUCUCCGCCCCCUUCGGUGACCAAACCGUCCCCUACUGCUGGGAAUGCUUUGUCUGUCUUAGGAGGCAUUGCCCAAAUCUCACCCUGCCUCUACCUUUGCUCUGGCAACGCAGCAUCCAACAGACAUAUGGUCUACUCCAGGGCUGUGACUUGUGUAGUGAAUGCUACCAUGGAAAUCCCCAAUGCCAACUGGCCAGAUAUUGACUACGUCAAGGUGCCCGUUCCUGACCUCCCUCACGCUCCGCUCUCCUUGUACUUUGAUUCCGUGGCUGAUAGGAUACAUCAGACAGGGAAGAAGAAUGGAAGAACCCUUGUCCACUGUGUGGCAGGCGUCAGCAGGUCAGCCUCCCUUUGUAUUGCCUAUUUAAUGAAAUACCACCGGUUGAGUCUCUUGGAUGCCCAUGAGUGGGUGAAGAGCAGGCGACCCGUUGUGAGGCCCAAUGUAGGCUUCUGGAGGCAACUGAUUGAAUAUGAACGCAAGCUGUUUGGCAAGAACACUGUCAAGAUGGUGCCCUCGCCCAUUGGGCUGGUCCCAGAUGUCUAUGAAAAGGAGACCCGUGGGCUAGUGCCCUUGUGGAACUUAAGAUAGACUGUGGGCAACUUUGGGAAGAUAGUUGGGUGGUGGGCUAG